CUUGAGGCACCUCGAAGAGAGAUGACGGAGAGAGAGAGAGAUCCAAGUUGGAUGAAGCGGAGAGGGAGUCGUGGUGGGAAACGGUCAGGUCUGAUGGUGGUCGAGGCUUUUGAGAGAAACUUUUUAGUGUCCGAAGGAGGUCGAACCUUUUCCUUCCCCUCUGCCUCUCUCUCUCUCCUCUCUCUCUACUGUUUCUCCCUCCACGCAAUACAUGCGUCGAUAGUCUAUCUACUCUCCAACAGUCCAUCGCUAAUCGUCAGCUGGCUGUCUGCCGGCGAUGACUUGGACGAUAGACUGGUCGCGAUGGACCACCACUCCAUAUUAUGCGUUUGUAGUCAUCGUUGUAGCCUGUGGUGGGAUUCCCAAAGGUUACGAUGAAGGUGGAUACAGCGCAAGUGUUACGCUGGCUUCAUUCAAGAACGACUUCGAUCUCAACGCAUCACAAUGGGUGCAUGAUGCCACGGGACUGGCAAAUCGCUUGGCCAACAUCACCUCCUUCAAUGUGUUGGGUGCAGUCUUUGGUGCCUUGAUGGCCCUCGCCUUGAAUGAUCGCCUGGGCCGUCUCAAGACUUGGCGGCUGGCGGCCAUCAUCUGGGCGACGGGAACCUUCGUCCAGGUCUUUUCCUCGGGCAUCUAUGGUCUACUCUUGUUCGCCAGGGUGUGGGGUGGUCUGGGGGCCGGUAUGCUCACUGUGGUGGCCCCCUUGUACCUGUCUGAAGUGGCCCCGGCGAGGACACGAGGGUUGGUGGUCGGGGUGUACAUGGUGAUCUUGCUCGGGAUACUGGCCUUGGGUUUCUUCAUCAACUAUGGAGUCAGUCUCCACAUGUCAGCCACCCGCGCCCAGUACCGCCUGGUGCAAGCCUUUCCCUUGAUCCCCGUCUGCGUUUGUUUUCUGUUCUCUUUCCUGCUUCCAGAAACGCCUCGCUAUCUCGUCUCCCAGAACCGACACGACGAAGGGCGAGCGGUGCUCGCCCGCCUCCGCGGGCAAGACCCCCUGGAUCCCAGCGUCGAGGCCGAGUUUGCGGAAAUCGACGCGCAAGCACGCAAGCAGCUGGCCGACUCGGCAUCGGUCUCGUACUGGCAGGCGUUCAAGGAGACCCAGACCAAUCCCAAUUACCGCCAGCGCUUCUGGCUUGUCAUGGCCUUGCAGACCAUCGCCCAGUGGACGGGGGGCAACGGGAUCACGUACUACAUCUCCACUAUCUUCAAGUACGCCGGUCUCAGCAACAACUCGCAGUCGCUUAUCUCGUCCGGUGUGUACGGGAUCGUCAAGCUUGUCGUCACCAUGGCCUUCACCUGGGGGCUCAUCGACCUGCUGGGCCGACGGGCAUGUGCGCUGACGGGGCUCGCCCUGCAACUAGCCGCACACGUCUACAUGGCCGUCUACAUGGGGCUUGGCGCAAACCGGAGCGAUAAUGCCUUCAACCGCGCCGCGUCAGACGCCGCGGUCGCCUCCAUCUUCGUCUACGCCGUCGGCUGGUCCGUCGGCCUGUGCACCAUCCCUUACCUCUACGGCACCGAGGUCUUCCCCACCCGUAUCCGCAAUGUCAGCUACGCCAUCAGCAUGUCCCUGCACUGGGCCUUCCAGUUCGCCGUCGUCCGCGUCACCCCCAACAUGUUGCUUGGCCUCAACAUCUGGGGCGCCUUCCUCUUCUGGGCCGCCGUCUGCUUCGUCGGCCUCGUCGGCCUCGCCAUCUGCAUGCCCGAGACAAAGGGCGUCCCCAUCGAAUCCAUGGGCCACCUCUUCGAUGGGCCGUGGUACCUCCGCUGGCGUGCAAAGGUCCGUCAACAGCCUCUUCUCGGGAAUCAAGACGACCCUCUACCCAACAUGAAGCUAUAAAUUAUCCCCCUUUCUGUCAGACUUCAUUCGGAUAUACAUAUACCCAUAUACAGAACUAAUCAUUUUAUAUAUACCCCACUCGCUCGGACAUCAUUUUAGUCUUUUGCUUUCUACUGGCUAGACAGCUUCUGGAUUUAGUAUCCAGAGCGAGCCUGAUAGGCUUGAAGGAACUAUAUAUAGUAGGUACCUAUACCAAGGUACCUAGAUACACUAAAAUAUAGUUAAUUAAAAGGUUAAUUAGACCGUCAGGGACUAAACUUUAUUCCGCG